AUGGCAGAAGCAUGCUCAAAGAAAGGGGAUGAGUUAUAUAUUCGUGAAUAUGGACACGGCACCCCAGUAUGGUCGGUUGAUGACGUGCAAAAAGUUCAGAUUAACCAUAGGAAGCCUAAGGGUGUAAUCGAUCACAUUGCGUAUCGCGUCGUGCGAAUUAUGCGGUGGUCAUUUGAUACCUUCUCUAUGUAUCGUAUUGGCCGUGUGACUGAGCGUAAAGUGGUUAAUCGCUGUCUUUUCCUCGAAACUGUGGCAGGCGUGCCGGGAAUGGUGGGCGGCAUGCUGCGCCAUUUUAGGUCGUUGCGUCGCAUGGAGACUGAUCACGGUUGGAUCCAGACCCUUCUUGACGAAGCAGAGAACGAGCGUAUGCACUUGAUGACCUUCAUCGAGAUGCGACAACCUGGACUUUUCUUCCGUAUGUGUGUUUUGGCUGCACAAGGGAUCGUGUUCAACUUGCUCUUUUUUCUGUAUAUGAUAUGUCCGCGAUUUGUGCACCGCUUUGUGGGUUAUCUUGAAGAGGAGGCUGUCAUCACCUAUACGUCAAUAUUGGAGCACUUGGACAAGGGUGAGCUUGGAGGGAUCAGCUCUCAUGUACCUAUAAUUGCCAAACAGUACUGGAGUUUACCCAACGAUGCCUCUUUCCGAGACCUGAUUGCGGUAAUUCGCGCUGAUGAGGCAGAACAUCGGGUUGUGAACCAUACAUUUGCUGACAUGCACCUCCACCGCUUGGAGAAUUCUGCUAAUCCUUUUAAUCUUUUGAAAGGGUCAAACACCCCUUAA